AUGCCCCCACCAAGGGACAACGCGGGCGCUGCCGCGUACACGCCAUGGGUCCUCUAUCUCUACGACUGGCUCGUGCUGUAUGUGACCAACACGUUCGCGUGGAAAUGCUCCACAGCGGCUGAUUUGCUGCCGCUUUUUGAGAGCACUCUCCAGGCCAAACACCUGGAGAUUGGGGUGGGAACAGGCUACUUUCCCGCCAAGGCGCUCGGCAGGCCUGGUUCCAGGUGCAAACAAAUCACCCUCGUCGACCUCAACCCCUCGUCCCUCGCCGCCGCGAAGACGAGGAUCUCCGCGGCCGCGGCCACGCAAAGCAUCAAGGUGGACACAGUCGUGGCCGAUGCCAUGGAGCCGCUGCCCUUCGCGCCAUCGGACAAGUUCGACUCCAUCACCAUGUUCUAUCUCAUCCACUGCAUCCCGGGCCCCCUCGAGCACAAGAACAGGGUCUUUGCCGUCGCCAGACGCCAGAUGGCCCCGGAUGGUGUCCUGGCCGGAGCGACGGUCCUUGGUCGCAGUAGACCCAUGAACUGGCUGGCAGGUAUCCUGAUGAACACUCAUAAUCGUUUGGGUAUAUUUGACAACUGGGACGACACGGAGGAGAUUCUUUGUCGCGGCUUACGCGAGAACUUUGAGGAUGUAACCGUGUGGGUUGUGGGGAGGAGCAUGCUCUUCCGAGCAACGAGACCUAGGGAGCGGUGA